UAAAAUUCCAACGCCACAAAGGAGGGAUUUUUGAAGAAUAAUGUUAUUAUUUACUAUUCAACAUCUUUAUUUUUAUUUUUACAUUUGACUUCGUGCAUAUUAUAUCAUUCUAUUGGCAUGAGUUGUGAGUGAAUACAAUUCAGUGAUUAGGAGAAUAUAAAAUUUAUAUUUUUUCUAAUAAAAAUGGAUAUAGAAACAAGUACUCCAAUUGUUAUGCUUCAAAACCUUGAACAAAGUUCUCGUUUAUCAGAGGUUUCUGGAUCAUGGAAACUUAAUUCACAGUUGCAGCAAGCAAAUAAUAAUAAUAAUACAGUGAAGAUACAAAUUGGUGAUUCGUGGUACAGUAAAGUUGAUGGUCCCUGUUAUGUUGAUUUUCAAAAUGGGAUUCCUGACCCAAGAGACUCGUUUUUUGAUGGACAUGGAUCAUGUGUUUCUACACCAAUACCACAACAAAAAGAACAUCCAAAUCAGUUGACGCCGAAUUUGGAUAUAAUCAGCUCACUUAAGCGAUGCUCAAUCUCUAGAAUUGAUGAUUUAAGUGAAGGAGAUAGUACUCUUAAAGCUGAUUGUACUGUACGAGAAUUUCAAAAUUCAAAAAAUUCGACCCUCUUGAUUAGUCCUGAUCCUCAAAGAAGACUCUCUCGACAGUCACUAACGACAGUAAAACCGUUCAGCUUUGAAUUACGUGAGAAAGAACGACGAGAACGUUUAGAAGCUAAACAACACUAUAUAAAUAUUUUGAAAGAACAGUAUGAAGCUGAAACUUCAAAAGCAAAACGACCAAAAUUUAGAUCUACCAAAAAAGCAAACUCUAUUGAUACCAGUGCAAAAGUGAAACUUCUAGCUCAGUUUGAAAAAAUAGCAGAUGUCGAACAAAACAACAAAGUUUUGACUUUGGCUAAUACAGAAUUUCCAAUUGCUAAUAAAUCAAAUGCCGUAGAAGUUCCUGAUAAGCAAAAAUUUGAAGUUUGUACAAAGAUAAGACCGGAAACUGAAAUUAUAAAGAACCAAAUACCUUUAAUUACAGGACAAGUCAAUAAAAUUGUUGAAAUUUUUGAUAAAAAAAAACCUCCGGAUCCGGUUAAAAUACAUCUAACAAAUAAAAUCAAUGACAAACCAGCAUCAACAAUGAAAAUACAACCCACUAAACCUCUUUUUGCUGAUGGACAAAACGUGCCAGUUAAAAAUACAUUACAAGUUGAGAAUAAAAAAGAAAUUAACGAUUCAAGCAAUAAAAAAUUAGUUGAGCCAUGGAAACAAAAACCAUUUCAAGUUUCUCUUCCUAAACGUCCAGCAUGCAUUCCGCGAUCACCUAAAUUACGUACUGCACAACGAGCAAGAGCCAGACAAUUAUUUGAUGAUAAGUUAAAAGAAAAAGAAAAGCAACAAGAGGAAAUGAGGAAAAAAGUAAAUGAUGCAGUUAAUAAAGAGAAACGUGAAAAACAAGAAAUUCAAAAGCUGCGGAAACAAUUAGUUCAUAAAGUUACACCAGUACCAAUUGCAAAUACAAAACGUAAUCUAACAGAUCCAAUAAUUCCGAUUUUUGUGAAACGUCGUAAACUAAAUAGUCAACAUAAUACUAACAGUAAAAAUAAAAAAGUAGUAAAAUGAUUUUUUACAUCAAUAUAUUUAUGAUUGAAAUAGAUGUAAAAGUAGAACAUGAAGACAUUGAGGUAUUCGAUAAUAAAUUAAAUUCUGUAUAUCUCAAAAUAUGUGCCAAUUAUUAUAUAUUUAGUUUAGAUAUCUCAACAUUAAACAUAUCGAACUUUAUAUAGUGUUACAUUGCAUUUGGUGCAACAAUGAUACAAAUGAAAUUAAUCAUUGUUUGGAAACAAUAAUUAGUUAAAAAGUAUUUUUAUUACAGAAAAUAAUUUUUCAACUUAUCUCUUGAUUCCCAGUUGAACUUUUCAAUUAAUUAUGUCAUUCGAUUGGCAACAAAAUUCAAUUAUUAUUGUCAUUACUUGAAAAUAAAUAAUUA